AGAAGCCGUGUGCCCCUCGCUUCGCCCCAGCGCCCGCGCUCGUGGCUUUCACGCCUAGUGGUGGGGAAAUAUUAAAUGAGAGGAGUUGAAAAGAACUAAGCACCAUGUAGUCCAUUGCAAUAUUCCAUUCGCAUUGUUGUGGUGUAUGAAUCUGUCUUGAUAAGGUCAGAUUGUCAGAACAUAUUGCUCUUCCUCUCCAUGCCUCGCCAGCACAUUGAACUCAGUCAUGUUGACUAUGGGAAGGUAGACACGUUCCCAGUGAAUGUGUGCGACCGCCGCCAGCACCCGUAGCAGCGCCAUCACGAACGGGAACAGUUGUGCUCCGACUGUGCGAGAGUACCGAAGGAGCGAGAGGCCGCGUCAGCCACAGUUCACACCUGACUCGCACACGUGGCGAGGGCGCGUGUGUACGUGCUCUCCGCGCUGUUGGUGGCUGGAGGGCUGGCGAGGAGCCGGGGUGAAGGAGGGUCAUACAGGAAAUCGAGAGUGUUGUGUGUUGCUUGGUGCUGUGGUCGGCAGUGUGAGUCAUGAGUCCGCGGCGUCCGGUGCCUCUCGUAACCGGUCGACAACGCGUUGUGCCCAAGUCGAAUGAUGCAGUGGACUGAAAACAGACGUGUUUAGACUAACAAAAAAAAAACAGAAAA